GUGUUGAUUGAUUAGAACAUCAGCAAAACUGUUUUCACAGAAAGUCAACAUUCCUUUACUGUUUUAACAUAUGCCAUCAUUGGAAAAUAUUUAAAAAUGAAAAAAAGUAUAUGAGGAUAAAAUUAACCAGCAGUUUGUAGGAUUGAAUAAGUUUGCACUAACAGAGGAUGGUGUCACCUGUUGAACCCUUAAAAAUUGGUUCUGUCUGUUUUAAAGGCAGGAAAUUAAAUGAAAAUUGAAACUGAAUUAAAGUAAGAUAGAUGUUGAAAUGCAGACCACAUGAAAAUGACUGCUCCUCUCUUUGAACUCCUGGUGUUCUUUGUUUUUGUCUGCCUGCAGCUGUGAUUUUUUAGAGUAACAAAAUUUUUAUCUUCAUUUUAGUCUCACGUAGCUUCAUUUAAUAUUUUUUUGCAUGAUCACUUUUCUGCUUUUUUUAUCCUUCAAAUUACUGCAUUUAAAAAACUACAUGUAUGGUACUAACUGGUCCCAUAUUCAAGGCUUUGAGUGUGCAGGCAGGAAACUGGUGGGGGUCCUCCAAGUUAAUUUUCCUCUUGAAUGUUACAGGAAAAAAUUUCCCUUUAACGGUACAAGUGCUGUGGUGUCCCUGUAAAACUUCAGGCAUAGCCAUGAGACGGUAAAGGUUUGGAGCAAAUAAAUUACCUAGGGGACUGGACAUUGUGUCAGGCACACAGUCAUGAAUUUCAUACAAACUAUAUCAAAGUCCUGCUCAGCCAAAUCUGUCCCUCAGCUGGAGUGCCAUUGAGAUGCAUUAAAAUGUAAGAAGUUGCAUGUAAGGCUGAACCAAGAAUCUCAAAGGAAGAUAUUGAUAAUUUGGUAAUUCUGAUGGUUCUCAAAAUUCACGCUGUUGUCGCUUAUGGCAUAAGUUUGCAGCAUAAUUAAGUGCAUCGCAGUUAAUAAAUCAUGGUCAUUGUGUAAAAAUAUCACUUCUGCUUUUGGUUUGGUCUCUUUCUAGACCAUUAAAAAUAUAAAUUGGAGGAUAUGAUAUUUUUCUGACAUUUAAACUUUUAAGGCAUCAAUUAAUAGAUUUCACAUUGCUUCAUAAAUGCAAACUUGAAUUUGUGAUCUGUGUUGUCUAUGCAGUGCUUUGAGUUCGUGCAUGUUUUACACAAAAACACAUAAAUCAUCAGAGCCAUUCAACAACAGGUUAAUUAAUAGUUAAUAAGUAUUUACACGUGGUUUAGAUGAACAACCAGUUAUGGAUAAAAUCACUUUGGCAGGUGUAUCUCCUUUUAUAUUUGUGUCAUAAUGGUCAAAAAAAUAUAUAAUGCCUAUAAGUGAACUAUAAAGCAUUUAUUAAACAUUAAUAAGCCCAUUAGUUACACUUUAUCUAUAUAAUAAGUCACAACAAUAUUUCUCUACUGUAACAAAACUUCCACACUAAGAGCCUACAGUCUACACAGUUUUGUUUCAUGAUUUCUUGCUCCAAUUUUGCACAAAAUUUUUAACAACCCUCGUCUAUCAGCAUCGUUGCCAAUAGUUGCUGUAAACAAGGUUAAUCUCCACUAGUUUUUUUUAUCAGUCAGCAGUGUGACUACACCACUCCUGUAGCCACUUUUGUAGUUUAACAUGGCUCCAGUUCAGCCCAGCAGGACUCCCCCUUUCCCUCAUGACUGUGUGUAAAGCCGUGGGAGAGGACUGGGAACAUUAAUCCCUUCAAAGGAACAGAUCUAAUUCAGAAUCUGCCGCUCCAAACUAGUCGAGAGGACAGUGAUUGUUUCUGCAGGGAAGCCAGAUAAAGAUCAGAGAGUUGAUAUAGAAAGCUACAACAUCCAUUUUCUAAAUAAAGUUGACUAUUUUGCCUCAAAAAUCAGAAAGAUCCUGCACAUGUUCAUCAAACUAGACACGAUGAUGCGUCUAAUGUUUUCCCUUUGCAUUGUAUUUUACUGGCUGUUCUGAUGAAGUAGGCUAUGUCUUUUUUUCAACCUGAACUUCCUGUUUUAGAUAUUUCCACAUGACGAGUUCGCAAAGAAACAUAAUUGAGCCAUCAUCAUUUCAAGUGAUGCUUUUGUCACCUGGUUAAAACAAGUACUUCCCUAAUGCAUCACAUUAGUUAUAAUAAUAAUAGGAUUCAUGUGAAUGAGCUAUUGGGAUUUGUCUUUCUUCUGGCUCUUGUCAUUUCCAGGCUUAACAAAGUAAAACAAAUCUAAAUGUGGAGUUAGGUUCUGAUAAAAAACAAAUGACUGAGCAAAGGAGAAAUGAGUUAAAUAAUUCAGAGGGGGCAUAAUUAAGUGUUUAAUGCAGUGUAGUGGUUCAAAGACACAACAAAGAAAUGUGAUUCAAAUUAGAAAUGUAAAAGAGAUGCUGAUUCUUCAGAGAUGAGAACUUUGUGUUGAGUCACUUGAUUUGGUCUCUUUCCUCCAUCAAACAGCCAAGGCAACGCUCUUGGAGAUCUCCAGAGAUAACAAUGUCACAUUGUCACAUAGGGUUCUGCUACAAAUCCUUAAUUACAAAAAGAGGAUCAGAUGACUACAGCAUCCAAUACCGGGGUCUCCAGGCGGCAUGGGGGUCUUUGAUCAAGAAAAUCCAAUUAUUUGUGUAUAUACAUUUCCCACAUAGUGAUUACUUCAUUAAUUGUCCCGCCUUUAUCUCCUCCCUUCCCAUCCCCCCUAAUAAUCAGCUCCUUUAUCCAGACCAACAAACACACCAUAGGAGCUUUGUGGAUUCAAAGGAUUUGCUUUCCCCUCUCAAAGAGCCGCUAUUCUUUGAUGAUUGGGCAGCGGCAAACUUCAAAGUAAUAAAUCUUAUUUCUGACUGGCUGGCGGCCCACCAAAGUCCUUAUCAAAUUCGAAGAAGUGAUCCCUCACUCCUCAGAUAGUCCAAGGAUAUCUGCAAGAGAGGAAGCACGCACAGGGAAGACCUGCUCCGACACAUUUCUACGCGAAUGCACAAAUCCGUCUAAAUUAGCGCUUUUAUUUUUAUUUCUUUUCAUCGAGCGGGAGGAGGACUUUUACCAUGGCAGCAGUGGCUGUUCUGCGGAAUGAGACUCUCCAGGCUUUUCUUCAGGAUCGCACUCCAAACUCUUCUCCAGAGAACUGUAAACACUCUCCGCUGGCUCUCCUGGCUGCCACUUGUAACCGGAUCGGGCAUCACCACGGAUCAAACCCCACAGAUUUCCUCCAGGUCCCUUACGACCCGACUCUGGGGUCCCCUUCGCGUUUAUUUCACCCGUGGACUAACGAGGGCAACCCACAGAGCAGCCUAGCCAGCAACUCCACUUUCGGACUAUCCUCCAAGCCCCAGCUGUCUGCGCACAUCCAGACCUCAUUCAGCUCCCACCACGAACUGCCCCUCACCCCUCCGGCGGACCCCUCGUACCCCUAUGACUUCUCCCCGGUGAAGAUGUUACCCUGCUCCAUGCAGUCUCUGCAGUCCACCUGCCCCCCCACCUACGUCCCCGCCGUCAGUUACGCUGCGCCAACUCCUAUUCCGCCGGCGAUGCCAAGUUUUGUCACGGGACCGUCCGGCCUCGUGCACCAGCAGCAGAGACAGUUGUCCCCAAACCCUGGGGAGGAUAUUCCGUGGUGGAGCCUCCAGCAGGGGAACCAUGUAAGCCACUCUUCCACUCUCGGCCCUCAUCGCUUCCAGCUGCAGAGAGGUUUAGUUCUGGGACAUACGGACUUUGCGCAGUAUCAGACGCAAAUCGCGGCUCUCCUGCACACUAAGUCCCCUCUUGCAACUGCGCGGCGGUGCAGGAGGUGCAGGUGUCCGAACUGCCAGUCCUCCACAUCCAGCGACGAGCCUGGGAAGAAGAAACAGCACAUUUGUCACAUACCGGGUUGCGGGAAAGUUUAUGGCAAAACUUCGCACCUCAAAGCGCACCUGCGGUGGCACUCUGGAGAGCGGCCGUUUGUGUGCAACUGGCUGUUUUGUGGCAAGAGUUUCACCAGGUCGGAUGAGCUGCAGAGACACCUGAGGACUCAUACGGGGGAGAAGCGCUUUGUUUGCCCGGACUGUUGCAAGAGGUUCAUGAGGAGUGACCACUUGGCAAAACACGUCAAAACUCACCAGAACAAAAAGACCAAGUGCCACGACAAGACACUCGAUCAUGUCAAAAGGGAAGACACGAGGAAUAUGUUGUAACACACCUUUAGUCAUUUCAGACAGUAGGAAUCACUAGUGCAAUACAGUUCUACACUAGUUCAAGUACACAGUGAGCUGCAUUUUUACUAGGGAAGUUUGUUUAUUUUGCUGGUUAAAUUCUUACAUAGUUUCUAACAUUGCUGGUCUGUGUAGCACAUUUUUGUAUAUAUAUAAAGUUUCAUAAGUUAAUUUGGGACCAUGGAGAAGUUAUAACUCAUGAGUUUGAAUUCACUGUCUAUAUCAUAUCAAAGAAGACAAGUUUUCAACUUGUGUUUUUGAUCAUUGUCUUCGGUGGAAGAUUUCACUCCCCUGUAAAUUAUAUUUAAUAGCUUUUGUUGAAUGAAAGUGUCCGUUUUUUGCUCCAUAUGGGGUGUUUUUAAGCAUGCUCUUGAAAAGAUCUGCUAUUGUUGAUAUGACCCAAAUACUGUGUGAGAAUAAAGAUUAUAACAUUUUCCUCA